AUGCGCUCCACUACCUUUCUCCCAACCUUUCUGCUCCCGCUCUUGGCUUCUGCUGCUGCCAUUGGUCCUGUCUCUCUCGUUCGCCACGAGGACUUCGUCAAUCAUACUGUUACCACCUCUGAUGGCUACCAAUUGAACCUUCAGCGCCUUGUCAGUGGUUUUGCUGGCACACCCCAGCCCAACAAAAUCGUGUAUCUUCAGCAUGGACUGUUUGACUCCAGCGACACAUGGCUUCUCAACGGCCCCGAAAACAGUCUUGCCUAUGUUCUUGCCAAUCAAGGAUACGAUGUUUGGAUGGGUAACUCUCGCGGUAACCAGUACAGCCCGACCACUAAUGACAAGUUUUCGUGGGAUGAGAUGGCCCAAUUCGAUCUCCCGGCAUUUGUCUCGUACGUUUUGAAGCAGACAAAGGCCAACAAGCUUUCCCUAAUCGGUCACUCUCAAGGCGCCGUUGAAAUCGUUGCCAGUCUCGCAGAUGGCAACCUACCACCCAGCCAACUCUCCGGUGUAGCUCUCCUUGGACCCCCCGCCCAACUUACCAACCAACGCUCCAAGCUCUUCGCCGCCCUCGCCAAACUCCACACCGACGAAGUUACCAAGCGCAUCCCAAGCAAAAUCUUCGUCCCAACCCUCCAAUUCUUCAACAGCGCCUUCGGAGACCUCGACGUCUCUUACGAUGUCCUCUAUCAAUUCAUCUUCGGUCCCUCGAAACAUCUCGCUGACAGCAACUUUGCCGGCCACUUCCCUGCCCCUACUAGCGGCCGUAACCUUGCCCACUGGAUCCAAUCUGCUCGCACUGGACUCUUCCAGCACUACCAGGAGGGCACUGCCCCUGCGAAGAUAUACGACUUGACUAGUAUCCCGGCCAAUACCGUCAAGGUCGCGACCUUUGUCGGUGCGAACGACUUCCUUGCUACUGAGACUGAUGUUGUAGAAUACUUGAACCCGGGUUUGCAGGAGAAUGGGAACCUUGUUUCUACUCAGACGUUCCCGGGGUAUGCUCAUAUGGACUUUACUUGGGCCAAGGACGCUGUCAAGACGGUUUACCCUGUUGUCUUGAGCUUCUUAGAGGGGUUGUAA